AGCAGCGCCACCUUGGCAUCAUUCUCACGUUAUUCCAAAGUUUUCGUUUGUUAUUUGACAGUCGUGACUGGUGACUUUUUUGAUAGGCCGACUUUUCACUCUGAUUUGCAACAUUUUCUGUUGAAAAUGGGUCAAAAUCAGUCGGGACCCGGCGGAAGCGACAAGAAGGACGACAAAGACAAAAAGAAGAAGUAUGAACCACCGAUUCCCACCCGUGUUGGCAAGAAGAAGCGCCGGACGAAGGGGCCCGACACCGCUCUGAAACUGCCCGCGAUAACGCCACACACGAGAUGUAGACUGAAGCUGCUCAAAUUGGAAAGAAUCAAGGAUUACUUGCUGAUGGAGGAAGAGUUCAUUCGUAACCAGGAGAGACUCAAGCCUCAGGAGGAAAAGAAUGAGGAGGAGAGGUCCAAAGUUGAUGAUCUCAGAGGUACACCAAUGUCAGUUGGCACCCUGGAGGAAAUCAUUGAUGAUAACCAUGCAAUUGUAUCAACAUCAGUAGGCAGUGAACACUAUGUAAGCAUCUUAUCCUUUGUGGAUAAGGAUCAACUUGAGCCAGGCUGUUCAGUGCUGCUCAACCACAAGGUCCAUGCUGUUGUGGGUGUCUUAGGAGAUGAUACAGACCCAAUGGUGACUGUAAUGAAGCUGGAGAAAGCCCCUCAAGAAACCUAUGCAGACAUUGGUGGCUUGGACACUCAAAUCCAAGAAAUCAAAGAAUCUGUUGAGUUGCCACUCACACAUCCUGAGUAUUAUGAAGAAAUGGGCAUCAAACCACCAAAAGGUGUUAUUCUUUAUGGUCCUCCAGGCACAGGGAAAACCCUACUGGCUAAAGCAGUGGCAAAUCAAACCUCUGCCACAUUUUUACGCGUGGUCGGCUCCGAACUUAUUCAAAAAUACCUUGGUGACGGCCCCAAACUCGUAAGAGAAUUAUUCAGAGUCGCCGAAGAACACGCGCCGAGUAUCGUCUUCAUCGAUGAAAUCGACGCUGUUGGAACAAAGCGCUACGACUCCAAUUCGGGCGGCGAGCGUGAAAUUCAAAGAACCAUGUUGGAGUUGCUCAACCAACUCGACGGAUUUGAUUCACGUGGUGAUGUGAAAGUCAUCAUGGCGACUAAUCGUAUUGAAACCUUAGAUCCAGCUUUGAUUCGUCCGGGUCGUAUUGAUCGUAAAAUCGAAUUUCCUUUGCCUGAUGAGAAGACAAAGCGGCGUAUUUUCAACAUUCAUACGUCACGCAUGACUCUUGCUUCUGAUGUGAAUCUGCAGGAGUUGAUCAUGGCUAAGGAUGAUUUAUCUGGAGCGGAUAUUAAAGCCAUUUGCACUGAGGCGGGACUCAUGGCGUUGCGUGAGCGUAGGAUGAAGGUGAUGAAUGAAGAUUUUAAGAAAUCGAAGGAGAGUGUGUUGUAUCGCAAGAAGGAGGGCACGCCGGAAGGACUUUAUUUGUAAAAUCAUUUUUGUGUGUGUUCCAAGACAAGUUUUUCUAACUUAGCUUAAAAUUUUUGAUUUAUGGAAUGAUAGUUCCUUAAAUAUAAAUAUCUUAACAUAA